AUGGACAAUUCCGGUAAAAAAGCCGGUCGACGAUCUCGUGUCGCAUGCAAACCAUGUAAUCAACGCAAAAUACGCUGCGAUGUGACGCAGCUCGGUCCACCCUGCACAAACUGCCAGCACGAGGCGGCUGUAUGCGAGAUUCUUCCGCGCAAAAAGCAUCGACCGCGCGAUAAGACGACGGACGUGGCCACAGACACAGAUGGAGUUUUACCUGACGAUAGUGCCUGCUCCUAUAUUGGGGAUACGCGCGGUCCAAGGCAAUCAGUGUAUGAAUUGUGUCACCCAGGGGUCCCACAGGAAGCCCAUCAAUCGUCACCCGCAAACCUUGAACCUGGCAAGAUCUCAGGGACAGGCACGAAUCUUCGACCACAUGAGAUAGAAUAUAUCAGACACGAAGGAGGGUUUGCGACAAUACCAACGGAUGUCUGUGAUGAGCUCAUCAAAUGUUAUUUUCACCAUGUGCAUUUCUUCCAGCCGGUGAUCGAAGCACCCGCAUUCCUCAAUGAGUAUGUACAGAAUGGAACACGGAAUAUUAGCCCUGUGCUAUUUUGGAGUAUGCUUCUUGCAGCCACCAAUUACGCUGACAUUAAGGUUUUGCAACGGGCGGGAUUUGAAACUCGGAAAUCCAUGAAAAGGGCGAUGUACAGAAGAGCCAAGGCUUUUUACGACGUUGAUCGCAGCAUAGAUAAACUUGUCCUCAUUCGAUCAGUUCUAUUGAUGAGCUUCUGGUAUACAGACGCUCAGGAUCACACAGGGGCGUCACACUGGAUUGGGAUUGCCAUUACGCUGGCCCAAGGAAUCGGCAUACAUCGCUGUGGCAACUCUUCAACACGAAAUAAUCAACUAUCGUCAUCUGAGCUUCAGCGUCUCACCCGUCGUCUUUGGUGGACGUGCGUGGUCCGAGAUCGGUGGGUAUCCCUGGCCAAAGGCCGACCUAUGCGAAUCCAUGAUGAAGAUUGUGAUGCCCUCUUUCCUAGUCCUGAUGAUGUACUGCAUGAAUUGCAGCUCGUUUCAGCGGAGGCCCGGCAGAGAUUCAUCCCUCCAGAUCUGGACUGCCUUGCUGCUAUGUGGGUAAGGCUGGUCAGGACGAGCUUUGUGCUUGGCCGUAUUUUACGUGCUCAUUAUACACUUCAAGCUCCUAAGGCAAGUGUCGAAGAGAUCGAUGGGUUGGCUGCAGAACUGCUCGAAUGCCACCAAAGUGAGCCAACUGUGAUAUACGCUGCAAGCGAUACUGUCCGCAUUCACGAAUACCACCUUCAGGUUUUUUACCAGGCGAGUGUGACCGUGCUCUAUCGGCCAUACGUUCUGAAUUCACCUUCUUCAUUUCCGGAAAGUUCGUCGACCACCUGGCAGAAAAUUGCGCAGAAUCGGGCACGAGAGGCUGCCUCGAUGACAAAUCAGGCCCUUGAAAAGAUGAUCGAGCUAGAUGUUGUCAAAUCGAUCAAGCCCAUGUUCAUCACAUCCUUGAUUCCUGCCAUGCAAAUCCAUCUAUUCGACUGCAAAUCCAACAGUUCACUUCAAGCCAAUCUUGCUAAAAACAGACUCAAUCUCUGUCUGCUAUUUCUAGAGAGUUUGCGCGAUACUUAUUGGAGCGCUGGUGUUAUGUAUCGACUCUUCGAUCGUGCGCAGGCUAUAUUGACCAAUCACAACAACCAUGGAAUCCAAGACUCGAAUACCCCAAAAAGGACUGCUCUGCCCAAUAUACCCAAUCAAGCUAUUGGGCAACAAGAUGGUAAUGGUACUACGACGGAGAUUAUGACCGCCAACCUUGCACCGUUUAUACCGAGUGGUUCUGGCGCUGGUGUCCUUGGGGCGGAAGACAUUACAGGCGGAUUCAAUACUCAUUAUUCUGCAGAUUUCAAUGCUCUUGAGCAGUUACUAAGCCCUGGUGCUUUCCGUCUCAUGGCACCUUCGUACCUCCGUAUACUCCUUGUAGGAGUCACAGCUGUAGCGGCUACCCUGUGUGGAGACAUACCACUUCCGCUAGGACAGUCCUUAGGAGGCGUCUUCAACAUAUCAAUCAUAAGUGAUGGCAUUGAUCGCAGCUUUCUUCUCUCUAUUCCACCAAAGUACCAUCCACACAUUCCAACUCCCGUCAUCCUGUCAUAUCACGGGGGGAGCCGGACAGCCGAAAGUCAGUUGCAGCUGGACCAACUGACUAAUCCUGAGUUCAACACCAGGGACAUCGUUGUGUAUCCCCAGGGAAUAGAUAACAAAUGGCAAGGCGUCCCCGGCGUCACGACCAACGAUAUCAAAUUCACAAGUGACAUCUUGGACCAGAUAACUUCGCAAUAUUGUAUCGAUACCAAUCGCAUCUGGACGACGGGCAAAUCCGACGGUGGUGGCUUUUGCAACCUACUUGCGUGUGACCGCGAGAUGUCUAGUCGUUUCGCUGGUUUUGCUCCCGUCUCCGGUGCAUAUUAUGUCGACACAUUGCCUUGUCUACCAUCGACAGUCCAGAUGCCUUGUAACCCAUCACGAACGAAUAUACCACUACUAGCAUUUCACGGUGGAAACGACACGACUAUUUCGUAUUGGGGCGGCGAACGGAAAGAUGAGUGCCUGCCAAGUAUUCCGCAUUUUAUUCAGCAAUGGGCUGCACGAGAUGAGCUAAGCAGUCGACGAAAGAAAACGCUUGCAGUUGCAUCUGACACCGUCGUUUACUCCUUUGGUCGGGGAUUGGUGGAGUUGGUAUAUGACUCGGUGAUUGGUCAUGACUGGCCCAGUACUGUUGCCAAUUCCGAUAACCAGGAAGCCGGUCACCAUGUGGCUAGUUUCAACGCCACCCCCAUCAUUCUUGACUUCUUUGAUCGGCAUAGUUUGUGA